AUCAAAGAUCUCGUUGCUUUUCAGUGUCGCCAAGUGUCACGUUGCAAGUCUCUUGUAAACAGAUUUUAAAAUGGUAAAUAAAGAUCAAGUGAAGAAAGAUGUACAGGACCUGUUCAAAAAUGACAAAUAUUCAAUUCUGCUUCCGACCUAUAAUGAGGUGGAGAACCUACCAAUAAUAAUAUGGCUUAUCGUAAAAUAUAUGGAAGAAAGCAAACUUUCCUACGAAAUCAUCGUGAUAGACGAUGGUUCUCCAGAUGGAACUCUGGACAUGGCUAAACAACUGCAACGUUUGUACGGCGAGGAUAAGAUAGUCUUAAAGCCUAGAGAAAAAAAACUCGGACUAGGAACUGCUUAUAUGCAUGGAAUUCAAUAUGCAACUGGCAAUUUUAUUGUUAUUAUGGAUGCAGACUUGUCUCAUCAUCCUAAAUUCAUUCCGAAAAUGGCUGAGGUACAGAGAUACCUCAAUCUGGAUAUCGUCAGUGGCACAAGAUAUGCACAAGGUGGUGGCGUCUAUGGCUGGGAUUUCAAGAGAAAAUUAGUAAGCAGAAGUGCAAAUUUCUUAACUCAGCUUCUGCUAAGACCUGGUGCAAGUGAUCUCACUGGCAGCUUCAGACUUUACAAGAAAGAUGUGUUGAAGCAAUUGAUAACAUCAUGUGUCUCAAAAGGAUAUGUAUUUCAAAUGGAAAUCAUUGUCAGAGCUAGACAGAGGAAUUAUACGAUAGGAGAGGUACCAAUCACAUUUGUUGACAGAGUCUAUGGUCAGUCCAAGUUGGGCGGAUCAGAAAUCUUUCAGUUUGUGCAGGGUCUUUUGUAUCUCUUUGCUACUACAUAACUGAAUAUUCCACUGUGAUAAUAAUGGUGUCAUUUUUUUACAAGCUCUCGUUAAAUCUCUCAACUAAUAUUUCAGAUUUUGUAUUAGUUGAGAGAUUGACAUACAUGAUAUAUGUGUUGGAAAAUAAUUUUACA